GAGAGAGAGAGAGAGAGAAAUCAACCUGCCUCAGUUAGAACAACGGGGACACAAUAAGCCAGCGAGAAGGCUCUGAGCAAGCAGGCAGGAUUUUCUUGUUUGUGAGACAAACACACUCGAAAAAGGGAGAAAAGAAGGCAAGAGAGAGAGAUAGAGAGAGAGAGAGAGAGAGAGAUAGAGAGAGAGGAGGAGAAGGAGAGCAGAAAAAUGCUGUCAUCGAAGAAAGGGGGGGACGACAGAGCACAGCAGGAUGGAAUAAGGACAGGGCAAGCAGACCUGCAGAGGAUGCUGAAUGCUGUGAUGGAGAUUCUAUGAGUCUGUAGAGAAGCAGACUGACAGCGAGGACUUGCAUUCUUCUUGGCCCUCGCUCCAUUCGAAUGCUCUUUUACAACCUGGGUUGGGUUGGUUCUUCAUUGCCAAGACAUGAGAUGAGACAGAAUCCCCCCGUUCGAGAUUCCUCCAAAUGAUGAAAGCGAGCUGUCUUGUUCUAACAUGCCCAAAAUGACUUCCUGAGUCUGUUUAGUAGUGAGUGCCGCGCACUAGAUGAAGACGCUGAUGAGGACUGUGUUGUGCAGACAAGACGUCCGCUAAGUGAUUGAGUUAUGACUUCUCUUUCACAGCCUGUGUGCUUACAUCAAUCGUUUCGAUUCUUAGAAGCUAUUCAUCAGUCAUCCCAGACCAAAAGAGGAGGAUAGUCAGGAGAGGAGAUUGAAAGAAAGAGCAAAAGCCCAAAGGAUACACCAGACAAGUGCACGAUGCAGUCAGACGACCUCUUUAUCCGCAAGUUCCGCCGGCAGAGUCCGCGUCCGACCCCGGUGUUUGAGCCCAAGCGGACGGCGGUGGCUGAAUGGCCACCCAGGAGGGACGGAGAGGGAGCAGAGGGUGAGAGUGUGACAACACCUAGCAGGGCAGGGCUUAGUCAGCGAGCAGUUGCUCGUGGCCACAUCAUGCAGCGCAGCAACAGCGAUGUGACUCUGGGAGAUCUGGACUCAGCGGCAAAGGCAGGAGCAAAAGCAGCCAGGUCGGCAAGUGAAAAGGCAGGGCAGGUGGGACAGGGUGAGUCUAGUAUAGUCCUCCACCGGGAAUAUGGGAGUCUCUCCUCUUUAGAAAAGCAGAUUCAUCCUCCAGAGCCCUGCAGUGAGGAGCAGAUCCUUCUCAGUCCCAACGCUCUUCGUUUUAAAGAUCCCUUCUUGUUGCUCGGACUCCAGGAGACCCUGCCUGAGCCAGAUGGCUUUUUCCGUUCCCUCGAUAGCCCGAAACCAGCCAAGACCCCCAAACCUGAUGCUCAGAACAAGAAAUCAAAGCCAUCACCUCUUCAGGUCACUUCCACACUAUGCGAUCAGACAUCAGGAGGUGCAUGGGUGCGCAACUUUGCCCAUUAUGACGUUCAAAGCAUCCUGUUCGAUUUGUGCGAGGCGGCCACUAACCGAGACAGCGUCGGGCGCAAGAAGAACAUCACCUCAGGGGCCUCGGCUGCCUCACAGCUUCGGCCUCUUACACAGGCCCCUCCUGCCUCACCCUCUCAGACCCUGGGUAGUGGGACAGUUGGUACAACUUGCACAGAGGACCCAGAACCGUGCCUGCUGGACGAAGGAGACGGCAAUGACAAUGAUCUGCUGCUGAGCUGCCCGCACUUUAGAAAUGAGAUGGGAGGAGAGGAGAGGGCUGGACUUGGGAUAACCCAAUGUUGUAGCGGGCGAUGGAGGAGUCUACAGAGCCCUAACGAUGCCGUGUCUGUAUUAGAAGAGCCUCGAGAAAGCCAUGUGCAGCAGCAGGGAAAGAGCACUUACUUCAUUGAGCAUGCAGACCUGGGGGCACGCUACUACCACAAGUACUUCUACAUGAAAGAUCAUCAGAAUUUCUUCGGCAUGGACGAGCGACUGGGGCCGGUGGCAAUCAGUUUCCGCCGCGAGGAGAAAGAAGGCUCCAGCGGCGCUCAGUAUACAUACAGGAUCAUAUUCAGGACCACAGAGCUCAAGACCCUCCGCGGCUCCAUCCUGGAAGAGUCCGUACCAUCUGCAGCGCGACACACAACCCCGCGAGGGCUUUCUCCGAAGAGGCUCCUGGAGUUCAUCCUCCCCGAUCUCAACCUGCACUGUCUGAGGCUCGCCUCGACGUCUCCCAAAGUCCGCGAUACACUUCUCAAGCUGGAUGAGCAAGGGCUGAAUUUCCAGCGUAAGGUAGGUGUGAUGUACUGCCGGGCGGGACAGAGUACAGAAGAAGACAUGUAUAACAACGAGAGCGCCGGACCGGCAUUCGACGAGUUCCUGGAUCUGCUGGGAGAGAGAGUGAGACUGAAGGGCUGGGAGAAGUACCGAGCACAGCUUGACACCAAGACGGAUUCCACUGGGACACACUCUCUAUACACACGUUAUCAAGAUUAUGAGAUCAUGUUCCAUGUUUCCACCAUGCUUCCAUACACAGCUAACAACACGCAACAGUUACUAAGGAAGAGACAUAUAGGAAACGAUAUCGUGACGAUAGUCUUCCAGGAGCCAGGGGCAAUGCCGUUCACCCCCAAAGCCAUCCGGUCUCACUUCCAGCAUGUUUUCAUAAUCGUCCGAGUGCACGAGCCCUGCACGGAAAACACCUACUAUCGCGUUGCUGUCACUCGCUCCAAGGACAUCCCUCUUUUUGGCCCACUUUUCCCAAACGGUGCUCGCUUCCCACGCUCACAAGCUUUCCGUGACUUCCUGCUAGCCAAGGCCAUAAACGCGGAGAACGCGGCGGAAAAAUCCGAAAAGUUCCGAUCGAUGGCCACGCGUACGCGUCAGGAAUACUUAAAGGACUUAGCGGAGAAUUAUGUCACCACGACACCCAUUGAUUCCUCCACCAAGUUUCCCCUGCUUUCCCUGGGAGGCAAACGCAAAGACAAGCUCAAGGGUGCUAAGGGAGCAGAGCUCCACAGCGCCGGCGCUCUGAUAUGGGCCGUCUGCGCCAGCCAGGACGACGACGGGCACAGACUGGCCUGCCUGCUGGGCGUCUCCGCCGAAUCCGUGGUGCUCAUCGAGCGCUGCAGCAAGCGGGUCAUCUUCAACUGCUCAUGCCGCGACGUGAUCGGGUGGAAAGCGGUGACUGAGCCUGGCAUCAGGGGUGGGCCUUGUCUGGAUAUUUUCUACGAGAGGGGUGAGGCCAUCUCAAUUACAGUGCUAGAGAGCCAGAUGGAGGACAUUAAAGAGGUGGUGCAGAGGCUUGAGCUGGUGACACGAGGCUGCGAGGCACGCGAAAUCACCCCUCUGAGAGACGCCACGGGCCAGCCGGGCUUCCUGAUGAGCGCAGAGGGCUUCGUGACAGAGCUGCAGCGCUUCGGUUACGCAGAGAGCGGAGGACUACAGCUGAGCGCCCGCGUGGUGAGACUCUGCGGCCACACGCUCGUCCAUCUCAGCCAGGACGAGAGAACGAGGCUGCUGCGGACCGCGCCCAAAAUUCACAUCACCGUCAUCCCACCCGACGGGAACGGCAAACCCCGCAGGAGCUUUUCUGAGCUCUAUCAGAAGUCUAUCCAAGACGCAGAAAGCAUGUCCGGUGAGGGCCAUUCGGGCGAGGCCUGGGUCCUGGACGAGCGAGACGAAGAAGAGGAGGACGAGGAUGCGGAGGAGGCGAGAGAGGAGGAGCGGGAGCAGGGCGAAGGGGAGGAGUCAGACAGUGUGUCCCAAUCAGAUAUGAGAGAGAAGGAGGAGGGUGGAACUCCAAGCAUGAGUAGCCUGCUCUCUCCACCCAGCCUGCCUCUUCUCAGAGCUACAUCGCUGCAAGACAAUCCUCCAUCCCAUACGAUGGAAAUCACGCCCUCGUCUCUCACACGCAGCUACUCCCUCGAGAGAACCAUGCCCUAUCAGGACAUCUGUGAUGGCCACGUGUACGAUAACGUCGGGAUGAGGUUGAACAGGCACAUCUACGAGAACCCCAUGGAGCUGAGGGACGCGACCCCUGACCUCAUACUCGCUGUCAAACCAAAAGUUCCUCUACAGGAAGAAGGACAGGUCGGAAUAGAUGUUCUGGGUGAGGAGAGAGCAUCUGGAAGUGAGACACCCCUUCACUCAGAAAGUUUGGAGAGGAACUCCAGAGCAGAGAGGAACUCUAGAGCAUUGAGCAUCCAUAACUCCAUCACCAAGAUUCUUUCAGAAACAGCAGAUUCGUCAGAGGAGGAAUGGCAGUCUAUUUCAGAUCUCGCCACGGCAUGCAGGAAUAUCCUAGAAGCCUUAUCACGAGAAGAUCGAAAGGCUGGGAACGGCACUCAGGCAGGAGAAGACACAAUGACGCAGACAGAUGCCAAGCUCAAGGAUGUUAAAGACAGUGACUCACCCGGUCACCUGGAGGAGAAGGUGUCCCAGUUGGAGGCCAUGCUGAAACGACUACAGGAUGACCUCCAAAAGGAGAAAGAGGACAAAGCCAUGCUGCAGGCAGAGGUGCAGAGCCUGAGACAGAACAACCAGCGGCUGCAGGAGGAAUCGCAGAGCACCGUGGCACGUCUCAUCAAAGUCACCGAGCUGCUGUGCAAUGUCACCAAACCCUGCUAGUAGAACAGGCCAGCAAGAUACACACAGACCAGUGAAGAUCAGCAACGAAUGCUAGCAAGAUGCAAGCAAAGCAAUCCAGACAGACCUGCGAGACCCAGAGCCCAUGCAUAGACUCAUAUAGACUACUGAGGAACGACACAAACGUGUAAGCAAAGUAAUGCAAGACCCAGACCUCAGACACUGACUCAUAUAGACCGCUGAAGAAUGACCCACAUAUGUGCAUAUUAGCAUAUGUUACCACGCUAGCAAACUGCUAAACGAAAGAUAGACGUAGAUUCAAACCUUAGAAUUGCUGCCAUCUAUAGGAACAUACCAAAAGUUAGCUAGUAAAGAAAGGAUUUAUCUAGCUGUAAGGUGAAAACUUAUAUACUUUACAUCAAAAAACAAUCAGAGAUGAGACCUAGCAUAGAAAAGCGUAGCUUUUUUCAGCUUAUUUAGCCGCCUCUAUGGGUGUGGUGCAGCCUAUCGGCGGUGCUACUAAAUAAAAUGAAUUAUCAGCGCUAAUAUUACAGAAAUUAGUCCAAGCUUGUUCGCUAACUUGCAUCCGACACAACAAAGAGCAAUAUCGUGAAAGUUUGUCAUCUCGCGUUUUUGAUCAGGACUUUUAGAUCUUUCCAGUUCCAAGAAGAAAAAGUGACGAGACAUAAAGACAACAUUGUACGCAAGCCACUGCAGAGCACAAUCUUUACUGCAUGAUUCCUAUUUAACGACCAGACCGCGGAGUGGCAGUCCUCAAGGCGGUAAAAUGCUGACAUUUGAGAUGCUGAGUAAAAGUUAUCUGCGUCCCGUUAGCACCAUGAGCCAGCAGUAGCUUUCACACACUGUUCGAAAAAGUUAGCAUUUCUGGAAUGUGGCUUGAACCUUUUUCCUUUUUAUAGAUUUGGACAAAUCCAUAGGGCAUUGAUGAAAAAUAGACAUUCUAAACAUUAUCUUAAUGUUUUCUUUUUUUUCAGCCAGGUUAAUGUUUCAACACAAUACAAUACGCUAACAUAACUUUCACUCUCAGUGAAAAAGAAUCAUGUUGACUGCUUUGGAGAAUCUUGGGGCCUUUUAUUGCGUGUGAUAUUUGAUUAGCGUGUGUCUGAGGUUAUUGUGAUUAUUGAUUGAUUCUUUCGUAAGUCCCCAUUUCCAAACAACAAUUCCAAUAAUUGUGGACAAUCUCAGAAAUGUGUAAUAAUUACAGAAGCUCGAGGCAGGUCGGUAUCCACAUGCAGUUAGAUUUACACCCCAUACACUCAGACAUAGCCUUGACGACGUGGGUGACAUUUUUCCGCGCAGGAACUCAACCUGGCACCUUUUUCUACAAACUCUGCAAACCUCAUAUUGAAGGACUGGCUUCUUUUUCUUUUUAUUUAAUGUAAUGUGAUGCCUAUUUAAACUACUUGCAAAAAAAAAAAAAAAGAAAAGAUGCAAAGUGAGUAGGUGGAAAAGCCUUCUGUAGCUGGAGGUAAAUGUCUCCACCUGCUGGACAUGAAGAGAACUGCAUUACACUGUAACACUGGAACGUGGUGCUUGACUGCAAACUGAAACUAGGACUUGAAAAAGUCUGGAUUCCUGCUUUUAAUUCUAAGACUGAGCCGUUUUUUUUAUGUUGAUGAUGAUGACGAUGAUCAUCUUCGGUCAUUGUACUCAAAGAACCAGUGAUUGACUGAUAGUUAUGUUUUAAUAAGUGACUCCUGGCUGAAGGAGGAAACGCCUCCACUGCUGGGAACUUGGACACGUAUGUAUUUCCGACAUCUUCUCAUCCACCUGUUACCUCGUGAAGAUCCAGUGAUGGUGAAACCGCAGUGUGAUUUCAAGAAUGACGUGUGUGAAGUGUUGGUUUCAGAGAAAUCAGCUCGCACCAUCGUUCAAGCCAUCACUCUCUCACACACACACACACACACAUGUAUCACCCUCUCUCUCACAGCAGCCAGAACCUAGUCACUAUUACUGUAUGUUGUACAUAGUCUUUUAUCUUCUUCUUGUAAUUUUUUUAUUUGAUUUUAGCGUCACUGUGAUAGGCCGGUACCAGCAGAUUCUCAUAUAAGAAGAUUAAAUUAUAUCUUUAUGUCUAUGUGAUGUACAGCCAAAACGUUUCAGUGUUACUUCCUUCGGAAACGUCCAGCACUUCAGAAUCCUCAAGCUCAAUCUGGCCAGUUUCGGUCUAACUGUGAUGAUAAACACAACACACACACUCGACGGGUUUAAACGGCACUCAUCUCAGUCGUGACUGAAAUAGUUUUUUUCAGUGAAUUCAAAUUUUUUCGAUUUGUUUCUGCCUGAUCUUGGAGUUUUAACAUCAACAGGCAGAGACGACGUGUGCUCAGGCGAGUUCGUUGCAAGCAGUCUCUAGUGAUGCAUUGUGGGAUAUAUUUAGCCAAAUGUAAAUGUUUAAAAAAAAAAAAAAAAAAAAAAUCCUGUUCUGUUGUGUGUUGCAUAGUUUUAGAGAAUGUAAGGGGUCGUGAAGACUGGGAAUGCACCGACGUCCCCUUCUUUAUGUGUGUAUGUUUAAAGGAAGAAGAAAAACAAACCUUAUAACUUAUUAAUCUUGCAAAUGUGGAUUUUAUUGUUUGAUGUCUUUGAACUAGAGGUGAGGGGAAGACAAUUCUUGAACUACUGACUCUGCAGGUAUAAAUCGUUUUUUUUUUUUUCUUUGUAAGAAGUUUUAUUUUGUAAGAGCUCAAGCAUACAACAUGGUAUUUAGGUUUAAGUAAGUACCAAUAAGCAAAUCAGUUAUUAUAAACGGUGUUGGUCCUUUCAGGUUUUGUAUGCCACAAGGAUUUUUGUAUGCCUUAACAGGAAAAGUAAAAAUAAUCCUGCUUAAAGGGAUUGAGACGCUGUGAGAUAAGAGUGAGAUAAGGUAUUGUGGCUUGCUAUACGGAAUUACAUUUAUUUAUUUAUUUUUGGCCAAAAUUGUCAAUCCACAGACCUUGCCAUGUCUUCUUCCACUAUUAGCACCUUUUUAUUAUGAUUAUUAUUGUUGUUUAAGACUUAUCCCCUGUAUGCCAUUAAUCUUUUAACAUAUAACCUACAGUACAAGCAGGAAAGGAAACGUCCACCCUGAAGCACAUGAAAUACAAUAUUAAAAUAUUUGCAAUGCGAUUAAUGAGUCUGGUGCUAAUUUGUUGGUUUUCAUAUUUAUUUAUUUAUUUAUUUAUUAAUUAUCCCCGUGAGAAGUUAGCGGACGUGUAUCCCACUGAUUUCACAGGGUCGUUUAGUGGAAGGAAAAAAAAUGAAUCCUUUCCCUUAAAAAUAAAGAGCUUGAUUUUUAGCUUGAAAUUAAAAAGAAGUGUUAAGACGAAGAUUGAAGUUUUUGAUGGGGGUGUAGAGACGACGAGGGAAGAGACAGACGUGUUAACGAGAGAAGUUCAAUCCAAAUACUGAUAAUUACAAAUAUUGAUGUGCAUGUCUUUCAGGGUGGACUUUUUCUUCAAAGGAGAGUUCUAUCGCGUACAGUAUAUCUUCUAAACUACAUACAGUACAGUGCAAAAGUCUUGGCACCCCUCAUUUCUUUCUAUCUUGCUUACCAUGAGCUGGACUUUCUUGUAUUUUCAGUAUACAGAAGUCCAUGAUGUAGUCGAGGAACAGUUCUCCAGGCUUCCUGCAGGACUCGGAGGAAAGCCUUGAAUGAAUCGGUCCGUCAUUAAAAACAAACAAACAAAAACAAACAUCUAACUUAAGGCAUGAACCAGGUGCAGAUGAUGAGAUCAGGCCGGUGAUGUUGGAACGGAUGAGAGGGGAAAUGAGGUUGCUGCUGAGGUUGUUACGAUAGAUAGACAACCAAUUUAAAACUUCUAUCUUUAGGCACAUUGCAUCCUGUCACAAUAAAACAUUUUUUGUCUCAUUUAUUCUGCAUCAUUUAAUCUGAAGAAGUGAGUGUUGGCUCGAGACUUUUGCACGGUACUGUACUGUAUAUGAUCCAACUUGUGCUAAUAGAUUAUUGGAACAGCUCUUUAAGCUGUUAGGAUUAUCAAGGUUUUUAAAGCAAUUAUUUAAUGCACUUUAAGGGUUUACAUGUGCUUCUGCGUCCCUGGCGUAUUUAGAUAUAAUAAUAUAGAGUCAGAUAUUAGGUGUAAUUAUGGGACCGCAAAAAUGUGAAUGCAUUGAUUUGAUUUUUUUUUUUUUUUCACUGUCAAUUAAUCUUAUGUGGAGCAAAACUGCACUUGCUUUAUUCUUUUCUUUCUUUUUUUUUAUUUACCUCAUUUCCUUAAGCUUUGUUUUCUAGCAGUUGGUUUGAUACCAUUGUAAAUUGCAUUGUACAGUUCCGGUAACUCACAAAACGGCAAAACGUUUAAGAAUCUCGAUGGAAAAGGCUUAUAUACCACACGCAUUUACCCGUAUAAAACCCGCAAGCUAACACACUCACAUACUCACUCACACCUGCACUAUGCAUACUGGCCUGUGGUCUGCACAGGGGUUUGUUAACAGGACCAAAGGCAGUGGAAUGUACAAAAAAACACACACACACACAAAGUGGAGGUUAGUGAUUCAGCUGUGCAAGCCCUGUGUUUCUUUAACCCUGUUUGUGCGAUGGGCUUAAUGACUGAGUGUUGUUCAUCUAUGUGAACUGAAGGGAUACUGGCAAUAAAAAUUGAAAAAAAAAAAAACCUGAACAUUUAUCUGUA